GGUUACUUUGCCAUAUGGGAUGGAUGGCGCGAACAUUCCGAGCGUAACAGGUAUCUCAUCCCAAACGAGCUGUUCCGAAAAGCUGUUAACGCUUCCGGAGGAUGAAGUUAAGAGGUCACUUUUCUUCCCGUCAUAUCCCACAUAUGUUCAGUUGGCGAGAAGUCUCGAGAUGUAGGAGGCCAGGAAAGGAGGCUGACUUGAGUGUAAUUGUGUGUAAUAUACCUCUAGCAAUAUUGAAACGGC